GAUAAGAGCGACCAUUUCCGGGUUUGAAUUGUGCGCGCUGCUAUAGCCCGAAGCUAAAGCUAAAAAUAGCAGUUUGUGAACAUGUUUAAAGGAAACCCGCUGAAAGAGGAGUGUGAGGAGGAACCGUGUCGCUCCGUGAGUCCAGACUCCGGUUUGAUCCAGAAUCUGAAGAAGGAAAUGACAGAAAUCACGCAGAUUAAAGAGGAGCCAGAGGAGCAGAGCAUUAAACAGGAGGACGAACCGCUGCCUGUCUCACAGAUCAGUGUCUGUGUGAAGACUGAAGACACUGAGACACGGGGACAGGAGACACAUUUACAACUUAAAACUGAAGCAGACACGGGGCAGUCCUCUGACACUGACAAUGAUGACAACUGGAGUGCGCCAUUCAGCUGUUCAGAUGCACAGAUGGAGAAUAAUGGAGCUCAGAACAACCACAGAGAACCACAGAUCAGAGACACAAGUCCUGCACAAACCUCAAACCAACUCCCUACAAACAAAUCUGACUCAGAGACCAGCGAAUCAGACGAGGAGACGUCCAAAAGUGAUGGAGACUCCUCGGAAAAUGACGUUCCCGAUUGGGUACACCAGUGUCCUUUUUGUAAGAAGAGGUUCAUGAGGAGAUAUCACUAUGACAACCACAUCAGAACUCACACCGGAGAGAAACCUUUCAGCUGUUCAAUCUGCAAGAAAGCGUUUGCAGCGGACUCCAGCCUCAAAGGACACAUGGCAGUGCACAACGAGCCGAAGAAUAACUGCCCCGUCUGCAAUAAAAGCUUUGUCCAAAAGAGCUACCUCAAAAUACACAUGAGGAUCCACAGCGGGGAGAGACCUUACAGCUGCUCCUUGUGCGAAAAGUCGUUUACGUCACCGAGUAAUUACAGCACACAUAUGAGAGCGCACAACGAAGACAGACGGUACACCUGCGACUUCUGCGGUAGAGCUUUUGUCCGCAGCAGUAAUCUCAAACAACACAUGUUACUACACACGGGAGAGAAACCUUUCAGCUGUUCAGUUUGUGAUGAAAAGUUUAUAAAGAAGCGCAGUUUACUCGCACAUAUGGAAAAUAAACAUGAUAAAUAUGAGUGAAAAGUCAGUGUGCAGCGUCUUUAAGGUUUUCUUUUAGGUUUGUCGAAAUCAGAUACUAAACGAUAAACUAGAAUGAAAACGUGAUACUCGCUGGAGCAGGUAUCGAUACUUUAUAAGUCCCAUUCACAAAACAGAAAUGAACCGUUCCUGGAUAUGUUUAGAACUUGAGCUGUAUCAGAACAAGUAUCAGACACAGACGACACCCACGGACACAAUGAACUGACUGAGGGAUCACACACGUAGAACACACAGAGAACGCACAUAGAACACACAGAAUACACAUAGAACACAUACAGGACACACAUAGAACACACACAGAAUGCACACAGAAUGCACAUAGAACACACAGAACGCACACAUAGAACACACACAUAGAACACACACAGAACACACAGGACGCACACAUGGACAUAGAAAACAAAGUACCAACAUUUAAAGCUAAAAGUCACAUAUUGUUUUUAUCAUCGUAGUAUCGGAAUCGUAUCGAGUAUCGAGUUUACUCCUUGGUAUCGAAAUCGAGUUUUAAAAUUUAGUAUCGUGACAGGACGACUUU